CGGGCGCGCAUGCGCACGGCUACCUGACCGGCGCUUCCGCUCAUGGCGUCGGGCUGCCGGCGUCUCCAGGCGGUGACGGGAAAAUAAUGUCUCGCUGAACACGGGUCACCCGAGGAGCGGAUAAUUAUUUGAGGGAGAUUUUUCAAGUAGGCAGCGAGAGCGAGAAACGCCGCCAUGUCGACCGAGGGCGAGACGGAGAAGCCGAAGUCAUUUAAUCUCCUGGGUAUCUUGGAUGUACAGAACAUUCCGUGUGCCCGAGACUCUGUACUGUACGGCUCUGCUGGUGCUCUGGUGGCUGGGUUUGGACACUUCUUGGCAACAAGCAGAGUAAAGAGAUCUUUUGACUUUGGUGUGGGGAGUUUCCUGCUUACAACUUUGGGAACUUGGAUGUUCUGCAGGUACCAGAAUGCAAAGCUGAGAAUCCAGCAUCGAAUGGUGCACGAGGGUAUGAAAAACAAAGUCAUGUACGAAGGAACCAAAAUGGAUCCAACAAAAAAAGCAGCUGGAAGCAGCAGAGAUAAUCAAAUAGACAAUCCAGAGUCCGCUGUACGUGAGAGAUAAACGAUUUACAGACAGGAAGAUUCUUUGCAGACAAUUUCAUUUUGUAUGAGAAACUCUCACUGCAAGGAGCAAAAUAGGGACAACGUCUACCUGUGUGCUUCGUAAGCAGUUGAACCUCUGCUUUAUUUUGGCAACUUCCAGGGUGAGAAACAGAAGAGGAUGAUACUCCACCAGCCAGGGAGCAUCUCUAGAGAGAGAAAACAAUUGAAAAGAUGAAUGAAUUGCAAUGUUUCUUCCUCCUUGUGCUGCCUGACCUGCUGAGUAUUCAGUGUUUUCCAUUUUUAUCUCAGGUUUCCAGCAAUUGCAGUUUUUCUGUUUUGUUUUAUGCUUCGAGUGGGAACUGAUAAUGGCAAUUUGCGUGCAUACGUUUUUUAAAAUAUCUUGACUAUUCAUUUCAACAGAAAAAUGUAUGUAGAAACAUUGAAAUCCAAAAUUAGUGUUGGUUAAAAGGGACUGAGAAAUGCAACAACUUAAAUUAAAGAUCUUAAAUAUUGGA